AUGAGUACUAAUAGGAGGGCUAAGAAGCCUGUAGACAAGAAACCCAGAGCCAAUCCUCAUAUUAAUGAAAUAACAUUCCUUCAAAGACAACCAGACUCUCAAAGAGCCUAUGAGAUGCUACAGGAUUUGACAAAGGAUGUAUCAUACUUGAUGAAGAAACAUAAGCUGAAAGUCAGAACGUUAUCAGAAUUCUAUCCAAAAGAUCAAACAUUGCUGGGGUUAAAUGUGAAUAAAGGUAUGAAGAUAUUGGUCAGAUUAAGGUCGCCAACUGAUCCGUUUCGAUUCAUACCGUGGGAAUCUAUAAUGGAGACAAUGCUUCAUGAAUUGACUCAUAACCUUUUUGGCGUCCAUGAUUCCAAGUUCUUCAAUCAAUUAGACGUAUUCAAAAGUGAACAAUGGUUCCAUGAAAAGGCUGGACUAUUUGAUACUUUUCUGGGUCAUGGUAACCAACUUGGCACUAUUCCCGGCGCUGGUAAAAGCAUAAGUGUACGAGGUUAUGGGAAGAGGUUAGGUGCGGGAUCAAGUUUGAAUAAUGACAGUAUUGUUGGCAAAAGUCCCAGAGAGAUGGCCGCAGAUGCCGCUAGUAGAAGAUUUGACGAUCUGAAUAAGAAAAAUAGAUAUAAAUUGGUCAAUAAAGAUUGUCAUGAUGACACUAAGGUGAAUGUUGAUGAAGUUCUGCAAAAUCAUAAUGAAAUGGAAAGCAAAAAAAUUAUUGUUAUAGAGGAUACUACGGAACAUGAGAUAAUUGAUUUGACGUGA